AUGAGUCAUUUUUAAGAAGAAAUAAUCAAUUUUAACAUAAUACCUGUUUUGAUUGUACUAUUUAUGGCAGCAUUAGGAGGAUUCUUUUGCUGUAAAGCAUUAAAUGGAUGCCAUAGUGAAUAGAGUAUUUAAUACUCUAAAAAGUAUGGUUAAUCCAAGGAAAAUUGA